AUGCUUAGUGCUGUUCCACAGGGAGACGCUCAGGGACUUCAGGGUACCUCUGUAAGGUCCCACACUCAGCGUAGCCUAGGGUUUGAAGGUACUGAAUUUGAAGGGCAACACACCAUGAUGAGGAGAGUGACUUUGAGAACAGAGCCUCCUCGGAGAUGCCCAAACAACAAUACGGUGACGAUUGUGAAGAAUGUUCAAAAUGGAGAGUGCCAAAGGAAUCACGCAAUUAAGAUGGGAGGAUUUGCUCAGGAUGGUUGCAUGGAGUUCCUCCCAGGUGGAGCAGAAGGAACUGCCAAAGCUCUGAUUUGUGGUGCAUGUGGUUGCCACAAGAACUACCAUAGGAGGGAGAUCCAUAUACAUGUUACUUGUCAAUGUGCUUCUCAUCCUAAUAAUGGACAAGCCUGA